GGUCUCGGAAAAGGUGGUGCCAAGCGUCACCGUAAGAUUCUUCGUGACAAUAUCCAGGGUAUCACCAAACCUGCGAUUCGUCGUCUCGCCCGUCGUGGUGGUGUUAAACGAAUUUCCGGUCUGAUCUAUGAAGAGACGCGAGGUGUAUUGAAGAUCUUCCUCGAGAAUGUUAUCCGUGACUCUGUUACAUACACCGAGCACGCGAAGAGAAAAACAGUCACCGCACUCGACGUUGUGUAUGCCUUGAAGCGUUCGGGACGUACGCUUUAUGGUUUCGGAGCGUGA